AGUCCUUCCAUAAUGUUUUCUCGUCAUCGGACAUCUGCACGACUAAAGGCACGUCAAACGCUUCCUGCAAGUAUCUAAAAAACACAAUCGUUGUUAUCACAAUACAUAUUUUUUGAGUUCACACAUCACAUCCUACACUAGAAUGACUAGCGACACAGAUUCAAUCACGUCAUCGUCAUCCUCCUCCGAAAGCGAGAGAAAAAGGAAGCAACUUAAGAAGUUGAAGAAAAUGAAAAAACAUAAAAAAGAGAAAAAGAGUCACAAAGAGAAAAAACGCCUAAGGAAGGACAAGGUAACUCUCUUGAGAAAAGAAGAUGUAAAACCCAUUGCUCCUCCAAGAAUUUUAGACCCAAAUGCCGCCGGCCAGGAAGAAGAAUCUUUUGGACCCGCCCUACCACCACACUUAUUAGUUAAACAUAGUGUUCAAGAAACAAGAGUUAUAGGUCCAACUAUGCCAAAAGAUAUUUCACUCAACCAAAACCAGCAAGAGACCGCAGCAAGUCUAAGUUGCAGUUCCGGCGUUGACAAACCCGAUGACGAAGAGGAUAAUUUGCAAGGAUCGUAUGGCCCUAUACCCACGGCGGACAAACAAGAAAUGUCAACGACUCAAAUUGAACUUGAAAAGAGGGCUUUAGAAUUAAAAUUGGCUGCGAUAGACGGCGUAAACUGCUCAACUAAUGUCGAUUCAACAGUCCGCGAAGAAUGGAUGUUAGAAUUGCCAGAGGUCGGUCUCAAAGGUGGACUGGCAGCACUUAAUAAUUUGAAAAGAGGAUUCCACCAAGGCAAGGAGAGACCUGAUUUUAGCGACAGAUCAUCUUGGACAAAAACACCGCAAAAUGAAGAAACUAAACAGGCGAGACCCAAUACAUCCAAAGAAAGUCUUAAGGCCAUAGCCAAAGCCGAGUUCGAUAAACAAAGAGAUGCUGAACAGGAAGCAUUAGCGAAGAAACAUAAAAAGAAACAAAAACGUGAAGAAUCUUUGGUGGAUAUGCAUCAAAAAAAAUUAAGAAAAGAGGAAAAAAGAAAGGCUAAGGAAUUAAAGGAAAGUGGAGCCAAGCCGGAAAGACGACCUUUCAGUCGAGACAUUGAUUUAAAGCUUAAUAAAAUCGAUAGUAAUCAAACCAAACAAAUUGUAGACAAAGCAAAAAUAUUAGAUAGCAAAUUUUCAAGAGGUCAUACAAAGUACCUUUGAGUAAAAUAUUACAAAAUAUAUUUUAUUUUUUGUAUUUUUUUUUAUAACUUAAUAUUAUUAUAAAUA